AUGCCGUCUGAGGAGAUAUUUUCCUCCAUCUGCGGACCGCCAAUUGCAGCCAAUACGGCGGUUUCAAAAGAUGUCGGCAUAUACGGCCACUCCUUGACCCCUUCCUGGGCAAUCAAAUCUACUUUUAAGAAGAGUUCAGCGCCGCCUCAUGGCAUCGCCGUCAACGAUACGCACAUAUUUGCUGCUCAGGAUCAAAAGGCUCAUGUACAUGUCUACUCCCGGCUGCGUGGCAACCAAGAAACCCUGGUAGCCUUUCCCGAGCGAAUUCGUAGUCUAGCCCUUGCUGGCGACGUUCUCAUCUUGGGUACAUCUGAAGGACGGCUCAUUCUAUGGGAGAUUUCCACCGGCAGACAAGUUACUACACCGCCUUGCCAUGUGCAAGCUGUCACUUGUCUAGCCGUCACCCCCUAUCAUCUGCUUUCGGCAUCAGAAGACUCCAACAUUCAUGUUUGGUCUUUAUCUCGCCUUCUUGAGCUCGGUGCCGACGCAGGGCAUGAGCCCGACUUGACACUGUCUAACCAUCGCGGCGCCGUCACCGACUUGGUUGUUGGGCCAAGCACCAACGCUGAAACAAGCCUUUGUGUAUCUGCCAGCACUGACAAGACGUGCAUCCUGUGGAACUAUCAAACAGGCCAAGUGCUUCGAACUCUAUUGUUCCCGUCUCCGCCACUCUGUGUCUCUCUCGAUGCCUCUGCUCGAGCUCUGUUUGCCUGCGCUGAAGAUGGAGGACUGUAUCUAGUUGAGCUAUUUGGUGACAAGCCACUGGUCGGAUCUCGCAGCGCUGAGCUUGCCUCGAUUGUUGUUCAAGUAAAUGCUCCUCUAGGAGUUUCGGAUGUAGCCGACGGUCCCGCGUCUUGUCUUGCAUUGAGCCACGAUGGUACAUCAGUGUUGACGGGUCAUACAAAAGGAAAGAUUCUCCACUGGAGUCUGAUUGACAAUUCCCAUCCAACCGAGCUGGCGAAUCUCAAUGCUUCCGUUACAAAUCUUGUUUACCUGCCGCUGUUAUCACCCAAGAAGCCGUGCAAAGUUGCAAGCGUGGUGAAACCCACUCAGAGUCAGCGGCAAUACUCCAUCACUGCUCAGCUGAAAGGGGAUUUUGGAGAGGGUAGCCGGUUCAGCUACAUGCUCAACUCGACAGGAUUGCCUGUCGAUGUGAUUGAGAGCGCCACAGCUUCAGUCCUUAAUUCUCACUCGGGUACCAAAGAAGACACCAGACUGCUCAAAGAAAAUGAGGAGUUGAAAGCCAUUAUAGAGGAGCAAAAGGAACUACAAAAAGCCACGAUGCAGUAUCGCGAUGGUGGAAAAACAUCAUGA